CCCGCCGGGCGGUGCUGCCCGCGGCUCUGAGGGGAGGGGAGGGGAGGCCGGCCCGCCGGGCGGUGCUGCCCGCGGCUCUGAGGGGAGGCCGGCCCGCCGGGAGCGCCCUUGGCCCUGCCGCCUCCUUCUCGUACUAGAAUGGGCUGGCAGACUAAUAUUUAACAUGAAAAGAGCUGGAAAGCUGGGAGCAUUGCAUUCCAGAUCUCCGAGUGCCUCCAGCACAGAACAAAACCUGCUGCUUUCGUUAUUUGGGAACACGCUGAAGCUGCUGACAGCCGAAUCAAGAUGACGACAGCUGCACCCCUGAUCAAUAAUACUCAGUUCUCAGUAAAUGUGACCACAAAGUCUCAAGAACAAAUUCUCUAUCAAAGUUCUGGAGCAAUAGUUGCUGCCAUUGUAGUAGGAGUGAUUAUUAUUUUUACAGUGGUUCUGCUCAUAUUGAAAACAUAUAACAGACGCAUGCGAGUGAAGCGGGAGCUGGAACCCAAACCCACCAAAACAGCAGUGCCACCUGCUUUAGGGCAGAAGAGCAGCAGCCUGGCUCAGCACCCUACAGUGACUUUCAUACCUGUGGAUAUCCACAUGCAGAAUAGGUAACUGGGAGUGUCCUCCCUGUGAGAGAAGGGAGAUGGAAUUCUUACUUACCUGGACCUGGGACUUCUCGGCAAAGCAAUGGCUGCAUUUGGAAUAGCAAUGAGUUAUUAUUUUGUCUAUAGAUUCUAAUUAAUCCUGCUUUCUCUCUUUGGGAGGAAAAAUUAAAGGCCUGGACACUGUUUGUAUGACUGAAAUCAACUGGGGAAGGCACACAACUCAUCAGAAACACAGUGAGCCUUCUCACAGAGCUCUCUAGGGUAUGGAGAGACUGAAUAAACCAAGCCCGUUCCUUGGAAGGAAAGAUGCCCACUCAUCUUCUGUGGAGCUUUUACUUACUCCGAGAGUUUAAGUUUUUUGUGUUCUGCAAUGACUGAUGAUAAACUGGAAGAAAAAUUUGGACACAAGAGCUAUAACUCGGGUUGAACCUGGGUUUGUUACGAUUUACAUGAAACAGGUUUGUGGUCUAUUUUAUACAAGGAUAGUACAGGAAGUAUCAAAAUUGUAUUUAUCUUUACUCAUCUUUCAUGUUUCUAAUGCCACAUAUCUAUGGUUUAAGAUAAAAGAGAAAAAGUUACUUUUUAUUUUCAAGUAUUUUAAAAACAUUUCUAUAAA